AUGAGGAUCCAUUACCUCCUCUUCACGUAUCUCCUGGUGCUGCUGUCACCUCUUGCAGCUUUUACUCAAAGAAUCAAGAAUCCUGUAACUUGCAUGACCAACGGAGGCAUAUGCUGGGGUCCAUGCACUGCAGGUUUUCGUCAGAUCGGCACUUGUGGCCUUCCUAAAGUCAGGUGCUGCAAGAGAAAAUGA